UGCUUUCUGUCUAGUGAGGGGGUCUGUGGAUUUCUAGUUUAUGAUAAAUAGGACUUUAAAAACCAGGACAGGAGGGCGAGUGUUCAGGUUCUAGAGCUAUGCAGCUGGAGCACUGCCUUUCUCCUUCUAUCAUGCUCUCCAAGAAAUUUCUCAAUGUGAGCAGCAGCUACCCACAUUCAGGCGGAUCUGAGCUUGUCUUGCACGAUCAUCCCAUUAUCUCGACCACUGACAACCUGGAGAGAAGUUCACCUUUGAAAAAAAUUACCAGGGGGAUGACGAAUCAGUCAGAUACAGACAAUUUUCCUGACUCCAAGGACUCACCAGGGGACGUCCAGAGAAGUAAACUCUCUCCUGUCUUGGACGGGGUCUCUGAGCUUCGUCACAGUUUCGAUGGCUCUGCUGCAGAUCGCUACCUCCUCUCUCAGACCAGCCAGCCACAGUCUGCGGCCACUGCUCCCAGUGCCAUGUUCCCGUACCCCGGCCAGCACGGACCCGCGCACCCCGCCUUCUCCAUCGGCAGCCCCAGCCGCUACAUGGCCCACCACCCGGUCAUCACCAACGGAGCCUACAACAGCCUCCUGUCCAACUCCUCACCGCAGGGCUACCCCGCGGCCGGCUACCCCUACCCACAGCAGUACGGCCACUCCUACCAAGGAGCCCCGUUCUACCAGUUCUCCUCCACGCAGCCCGGGCUGGUACCCGGCAAAGCGCAGGUGUACCUGUGCAACAGGCCCCUUUGGCUGAAAUUUCACCGGCACCAAACGGAGAUGAUCAUCACCAAACAGGGAAGGCGCAUGUUUCCUUUUUUAAGUUUUAACAUUUCUGGUCUCGAUCCCACGGCUCAUUACAAUAUUUUUGUGGAUGUGAUUUUGGCGGAUCCCAAUCACUGGAGGUUUCAAGGAGGCAAAUGGGUUCCUUGCGGCAAAGCGGACACCAAUGUGCAAGGAAAUCGGGUCUAUAUGCAUCCGGAUUCCCCUAACACGGGGGCUCACUGGAUGCGCCAAGAAAUCUCUUUUGGAAAAUUAAAACUUACAAACAACAAAGGAGCUUCGAACAACAAUGGGCAGAUGGUGGUUUUACAGUCCUUGCACAAGUACCAGCCCCGCCUGCACGUGGUGGAAGUGAACGAGGACGGCACGGAGGACACCAGCCAGCCGGGCCGCGUGCAGACAUUCACCUUCCCCGAGACGCAGUUCAUCGCCGUCACCGCCUACCAGAACACCGAUAUUACACAACUGAAAAUAGAUCACAACCCUUUUGCAAAAGGAUUUCGGGAUAAUUAUGACACGAUCUACACUGGCUGCGACAUGGACCGCCUGACCCCCUCGCCCAACGACUCCCCGCGCUCGCAGAUAGUGCCCGGGGCCCGCUACGCCAUGGCCGGCUCUUUCCUGCAGGACCAGUUCGUGAGCAACUACGCCAAGGCCCGCUUCCACCCGGGCGCGGGCGCGGGCCCCGGGCCGGGCACGGACCGCAGCGUGCCGCACACCAACGGGCUGCUGUCGCCGCAGCAAGCCGAGGACCCGGGCGCGCCGUCGCCGCAGCGCUGGUUCGUGACACCGGCCAACAACCGGCUGGACUUCGCCGCCUCGGCCUACGACACGGCCACGGACUUCGCGGGCAACGCGGCCACGCUGCUCUCGUACGCGGCGGCGGGCGUGAAGGCGCUGCCCCUGCAGGCGGCCGGCUGCACCGGGCGCCCGCUCGGCUACUACGCCGACCCAUCGGGCUGGGGCGCGCGCAGCCCCCCGCAGUACUGCGGCGCCAAGUCGGGCUCGGUGCUGCCCUGCUGGCCCAACAGCGCCGCAGCCGCCGCGCGCAUGGCGAGCGCCAACCCCUACCUGGGCGAGGAGGCCGAGGGCCUGGCCGCCGAGCGCUCGCCGCUGCCGCCCGGCGCCGCCGAGGACGCCAAGCCCAAGGACCUGUCCGACUCCAGCUGGAUCGAGACGCCCUCCUCCAUCAAGUCCAUCGACUCGAGCGACUCGGGGAUUUACGAGCAGGCCAAGCGGCGGCGGAUCUCGCCCGCCGACACGCCGGUGUCCGAGAGCUCGUCUCCGCUCAAGAGCGAGGUGCUGGCCCAGCGGGACUGCGAGAAGAACUGCGCCAAGGACCUAGGCGGCUACUACGGCUUCUACGCGCACAGCUAGGCCCGCGCGCCCGGCCCCGGCCCCGCGCCCGCGCCCGCCGCGCUCCCCCAGCUCCUCCGCCCCAGGCCCCACCUUGCGCACCCCUCAUUCUCUU